CCGGGUAUGAACUUCCUUUUCCUUCUGUGCCCAGCUGCGAUGAGGGCCUAGAGUAACGCCGACCUUAAAAAUAUCCACAUCCAUCCUUGUUAAAGGCAGCAGCAAAAGUCGUCAAAAUGACUGAGCAAAUGACAGUGAGGGGGACCCUGAAAGGGCACAAUGGAUGGGUCACCCAAAUCGCCACUACACCGUCGUAUCCUGACAUGAUUCUGUCUGCGUCCCGUGACAAACGUAUCAUCAUGUGGAAGCUCACCCGUGAUGAAACAAAUUACGGAAUCCCCCAACGCUCCUUGAAGGGCCACGAACACUUUCUGACUGAUGUCGUCAUCUCUUCUGAUGGACAGUUUGCCCUCUCUGGUUCCUGGGAUGGGGCCCUCCGCCUGUGGGACCUUGUUAAUGGUCAGUGUACCCGGCAGUUCGUUGGUCACACAAAGGAUGUUCUGAGUGUGGCUUUUUCUGCUGACAACCGUCAGAUUGUGUCUGGCUCCCGGGACAGAACCAUUAAGUUGUGGAACACACUUGGCAUCUGCAAGUACACCAUCCAGGAAGACGGACACAACGAGUGGGUUUCCUGUGUACGCUUCUCCCCAAACAGCAGCAACCCCAUUAUUGUCUCCUGUGGCUGGGACAAAAUUGUCAAAGUGUGGAAUCUGGCCAAUUGCAAGCUGAAGACAAACCACAUUGGUCACACUGGCUUCCUGAACACAGUGACAGUCUCUCCUGAUGGGUCCCUGUGUGCAUCUGGUGGAAAGGAUGGCCAGGCCAUGCUAUGGGACCUGAAUGAGGGGAAACACCUUUACACUCUGGACAGUGGUGACAUCAUCAAUGCUCUUUGCUUCAGCCCCAACCGCUACUGGUUGUGUGCAGCAACUGGCCCUAGUAUCAAGAUCUGGGAUUUGGAGGGCAAAAUCAUUGUGGAUGAGCUGAGACAGGAAGUCAUCAGCACAAACAGCAAGGCUGAACCCCCACAGUGUACUUCACUGACAUGGUCUGCUGAUGGACAGACCCUUUUUGCUGGCUACACUGACAACCUGAUCAGAGUGUGGCAGGUCACCAUUGGAACUCGUUAAGAACAUUUUUCUCAUUCAAGUUUGAAUUAAAGAGUUUGAAAAGAA